CCGAACAUUCUCACCGGCCUGGACAGCCAGGGCCAGGGGCCUAUACGUGGCAGGGAACGAUGGCGGGGGAAUGAGCCUAAUGGAACAGCCAGGAACUGCAGCCAGCCCCGUCCCCGGCAGCAUGUUCAGCUGGGUCAGCAAGGAUGCCCGCCGCAAGAAGGAGCCGGAGCUCUUCCAGACGGUGUCCGAGGGGCUGCGGCAGCUGUACGCGCAGAAGCUGCUGCCCCUGGAGGAGCACUACCGCUUCCACGAGUUCCACUCGCCCGCGCUGGAGGACGCUGACUUCGACAACAAGCCCAUGGUGCUCCUUGUGGGCCAGUACAGCACGGGCAAGACCACCUUCAUCCGGCACCUGAUCGAGCAGGACUUUCCGGGAAUGCGCAUCGGGCCCGAGCCCACCACCGACUCUUUCAUCGCAGUCAUGCACGGCCCCACCGAGGGCGUGGUGCCGGGCAACGCGCUCGUCGUCGACCCGCGGCGCCCCUUCCGCAAGCUCAACGCCUUCGGCAACGCCUUCCUCAACAGGUUCAUGUGCGCGCAGCUGCCCAACCCAGUCCUGGAUAGCAUAAGCAUCAUCGACACUCCCGGGAUCCUGUCUGGAGAGAAACAGCGCAUCAGCAGAGGGUACGACUUCGCGGCCGUCCUGGAGUGGUUCGCCGAGCGGGUGGACCGCAUCAUCCUGCUCUUCGACGCCCACAAGCUGGACAUCUCUGACGAGUUCUCGGAGGUCAUCAAGGCCCUCAAGAACCACGAGGACAAGAUCCGCGUGGUGCUGAACAAGGCCGACCAGAUCGAGACCCAGCAGCUGAUGCGGGUCUACGGGGCUCUCAUGUGGUCCCUGGGGAAGAUCAUCAACACCCCCGAGGUGGUCAGGGUCUACAUCGGCUCCUUCUGGUCCCACCCGCUCCUCAUCCCCGACAACCGCAAGCUCUUUGAGGCAGAGGAGCAGGACCUCUUCAAAGACAUCCAGUCUCUGCCCCGAAACGCCGCCCUCAGGAAGCUCAAUGACCUGAUCAAGCGGGCACGGCUGGCCAAGGUCCACGCCUACAUCAUCAGCUCCCUCAAGAAGGAGAUGCCCAAUGUGUUCGGUAAAGAGAGCAAGAAGAAAGAGCUGGUGAACAACCUGGGAGAGAUCUACCAAAAGAUCGAGCGGGAGCACCAGAUCUCCCCCGGCGACUUCCCAAGCCUCCGCAAGAUGCAGGAGCUCCUGCAGACUCAGGACUUCAGCAAGUUCCAGGCCUUGAAACCCAAGCUGCUGGACACGGUGGACGACAUGCUGGCCAACGACAUCGCCCGGCUGAUGGUCAUGGUGCGCCAGGAGGAGUCCCUGAUGCCCUCCCAGGCCGUGAAGGGCGGCGCCUUCGAAGGCACCAUGAACGGGCCCUUUGGGCACGGCUACGGUGAGGGGGCCGGCGAGGGCAUCGACGACGUGGAGUGGGUGGUGGGCAAGGACAAGCCCACCUACGACGAGAUCUUCUACACGCUGUCGCCCGUCAACGGCAAGAUCACGGGCGCCAACGCCAAGAAGGAGAUGGUGAAGUCCAAGCUGCCCAAUACGGUGCUGGGGAAGAUCUGGAAGCUGGCCGAUGUGGACAAGGACGGGCUGCUGGAUGACGAGGAGUUUGCCCUGGCCAACCACCUCAUCAAAGUCAAGCUGGAGGGCCACGAGCUGCCUGCCGACCUGCCCCCGCACCUGAUCCCGCCCUCCAAGCGGAGGCACGAGUGACCGUGACCGCCGCGCCCGCCUGGCCAGGCAGAGACUGGGGGGAGGGGAAGGGUCACCAGGUCUCAAGGUCCAUAAAGACUGAGCGAUGUUUCCUCAGCUCUUGAAAAGGAAAACCAUCAUCUUUCUUUUAAGGCUGUUCCUGGGCCCAGCAGGGAGGCGGGUGAUACUCGCAUGUGAAUGAUGGAAUUUUGUGCACAAGAACUAUGGAUAUUUUUAAUAUAUAACGUCAGAGGCAGCGUU